AUGUGGAUAUCUUCACCAGCGGACGCUGAAAUGGUUCAACUCACUAAAGGUCUCUAUUCCUGUAAUGUAUUAUUUAACGACUUGAAGAUCCCAAUUGGUCUACCAUGCGUUUUGUCGGGUGACCUCUCAUUCUUCGGAAAUCCUGUGGUAUCUACGGGUUUGCUCACUCGAGACGAUAGUAUACUUGCCUCCAGUAUCCUAUUAGCUAGAAACUCGUUUUUAAAUCAUCCAUCAAGAUCGGAAGCCGUAAUUCCAAAUAGUAAUUCCUCCACACCGGUAGCUCAAAUCUACUCUCAGUUCCAGAAUUACUGUAAUUUGAGUGAAAAUGGAACAAGAAAUCCCUUUUUGCCUCCUUUGUUUCUUCAACAUAACAUGAGUUCCAAUCCUCCAAUGGGCACAACGGCACCUGAUACUUUCCCUACUCAGUUGCCCAACCUCGCUGCCUCGUUCUUGAGAAGCAGAUCUGGGUCAUUGAGUAGAAGAGCAUCCGAAUCCGAUCUUCAGAAAUUUGUCCCUCCAAAUACCGCUCCUUUUACUGAAAAUGGCGCAACUAUCCAACUCGAUUGUGCUCAAGAAGAGUUACUUCGAACGCUUAGAAAUAAAGCUCUCGUGAGUAAGAAUCCUGAUCCACUCUCAACCCAAUCGACUUCACAGGCUGAGCUCUAUCGAUCAAUUGGGAUGGAUUUCGAAUCCUCCAUGUUUGGCCUUGGGGGCGAUUCAGAGUCGAAAGUGAAUCCGAAUAAUCCUCCAAUAGUGAUGAAACAUUAG